AUGGAUAGAAAUAGAGAAUCAAUGUUCACAUCUAAUUUUUGGAGAGAAAUCAAUGAGUAAUUUUUCAUGGUUCUGUCUCCUAUCAACAUAUCUGAUAUUAGACUCUUCAAAAAGAAAUGUAAUCAUUUUAUUCAUAAAAUAGUUUCUAAUUAUGUAAACUUAAAUUGUCAUAAAUUAUUAGAUAAACUUCUUAGAUAGAAUAACAGAUCUAAAUUAUCUUAAUUCAACAUUAUCAAUUUAAAAUAAAGAAUUUCAUUACUCUUUCAAGAAAGAUAAUAACAUUCAGAACCUAUUUAAAAUUUAAUUGAUGAAAUGAUAGACCAAAUAUGUUUUACUUAACUUAUUGAAGGACUAUAAUAAACUUAAGAUCUUAUUAAAAAUAUGUCCUAAUUAUCAGAAUAACAACAAUAAAUAAUUUAUCAUUAAGAAAAUUAAAUCCUGACUAAUUUACAUUAAAUGAUCGAUUGUCAAGAUGAAUUAUCCUAACAUAUAUAAUAACUUGAAUAGUAACUAGAACAACUUGAUAAUUCAAAUUCCAUUCAAUAGUACAAUUCCCUUCUUAAUAUCAUAGGCUUGAAUAACAUGUCAAUGAAAUCAAUCAUUCUCUCCUCUACACUUAUACAUCCUAAAUCCUUUAAGAACAUUCUAUUAAAUUAACUAGAACUAGAAUAAAAAAUCAUAAAUAAGAACUUUCUGUAUUGAAGGACUUAAUUAUAUUACAUGAAGAUUAUCAAGUUGCUGAAAGUAUUGGAAAAGCAACAUUUAAUGAAUCAAGUAAAUUCAAUCAAACUUAUUAUAUUAAGGUAAUACCAUAACAGUGAUUUUUGAUAAAUAUUUGAGUUAAACAUAAAUCGAUCUCAAUUUAGAACACUUUGCAAAUCUUCAAAAAUUAAGAGAAGUACCAUAUGAAUUUCCUGAUUAAUUACCUGGACUUAGAUCAGAUGUAAAUAAAUUGAAUUUAUUUAGGAUGUAUUUGAAAUGUAAAUGUGUCAUUUUUGUAAAUUAAUGGUUGAUAUUAAAAAUCUGAAAUAGUGUUCAUAUAAUCAUUAUUAGAUGGGAUUACAUGAAUACAAUGAAGAUUUAUUAAUUUGUUAAAGAUAUUAAAUUAAUGCCAAAUCUUAAUAAUAAUAUUUUUUAGAUCUUUAUUCUACAAAUUACAUAAUUGAAAGUACUUUAAAUUUUGAUAUAUUAUAGAUUAAUAGAUCCAAUGUAAAAGAUAUUUUUGUUUAAAAUGUUUAAAACAUGAAUUUGAUUCAUAUGAAACUACUUAAUUUAUGUGGAUAUGUCCAUUAUGCAAAGUAAAUAUUAUUUAUAAUUAAUAUAGGGAUUAUGUUCUUGUAUUAGAUGUUCUAGAAAUGAUACUAUUUAUAAAUUAAAGAGACAAUAUUUAGAAUUGAAUGGAAAUUUGGAAGAUAUUUAUUAAUCAUCAUAUUUUGAGAUGCUUGUGAAGGAAAAACGAAAAUUAAUAAAAAAUAUUCCUAUUGAAUUUAUUAAUUUAAUUAAAAACAAACAAGAUAAUAAUGAAGAUACUUUAACACCUAAAAGUAAUUUGAAAAAUAAAAAAUCAAUUACUAAGAGAGUGAUAUAAAAGAAAAUGAAAAAAAAUGAUUAAGCAUAAAAAUCACAUAAACUAACACAUAUAGAGAGUUCCUCAUCAUCAGUAAAAAUUAAGAAAUCAAAAGAGAUUAAAAAGAGAUCUUUAUUUUUUAAUAAUAAUAAUCAAAAUGAUCCUUCUAAUUAAUAAAUCUUUAUCUAAUGA